AUGUGUUCAAUCCCUGGGCUCCCAACACCAGGUUCAAACAUUUCAGUUCUUAUAACAAGGGUGAACUGCAGUCCCCAGUGUGAUAUUGUGGAGCUUUGGGGCAAUUUUGAUCAAGAGAGAAAAAUUGCUUAUCAACGCCUGCGAAAAGACAUUCAGUUUCCCAGAGAAACUUUUCGUGAAUUGGAGGGAAAUCCUGGAGAUGUGUGCUUGGUUCAGAUAUAUGAAACUUGGUAUAGGGUACGCAUAGUCUCAAGAAAUGGCUCAAGUUACAAUGUGUUCCUUAUUGACGAAGGGAGAAUUCUUGGUGCCACCACUAGCAUGUUGGCUUGGGGUCAGAAAGAGUUUUUCCACCUACCCCCUGAAGUGGAAUUCUGUGUUCUCUCUAAUGUGUUGCCCCUGUCACCCGAGAACAGGUGGUCUCCAGUGGCCUUAGAAUUUCUGAAGUCCCUCUGCGGAAAGACGGUUGAUGCAUGUGUCCAGGACAUCUUGGUGCCCCAUAGAACGUUCCUCCUGAAUGUUCCCUGCAUAUCUAGACAGAUGCACGAAAUGGGGUUUGCCAAGAAGCUGAGCACCGAAAAGUUCAAGCUCUACGUUUCAAAGUCAUUGCAGAGUGGGGCAUCAAAUUCUACAGGAUCUCCACAGAAGUCAUCCAUGAGAAAUGACCCACUGGAGACCCGUGAGCAAAUUGAGAAGCAGCACCAGUACAUGUAUCCAGAGCUGCAAACGGAAACCGUAGAGACAGUCAUUGUCACGGAGGUAACCAACCCACUGCGCGUCUUCUGUCAGUUGAAGGUGUUUUCUCAAGAGUUGAAGAAACUAACGGAGCAGAUUACACAACACUACGAAGGCCGUGUGGAAACGGGCAUCGCCAGACCCGAAACGUUGGGUUCCCCAUGUGCCUCAAGAGGAAGUGACGGAAGGUGGUAUCGGUCUAUGUUACAACAGGUCUUUCCAGACAAUAAUGUGGUUGAAGUGCUGCAUGUUGACUAUGGGAAGAAACAGUUUGUCCAAGCAGAGAACAUCAGACCACUGGCCACAGAGUUCUUCAGGAUGCCUGUUGUCACAUAUGUCUGCUCUCUCCACGGCGUCAUCGACAAAGGCGUUGGAUGGACGGCUGCCCAGAUUAAAUAUUUGAAAUCCCUACUUCUGAACAGGACUGUGAUCGCCAAGUUCGAGUACCAGAGUCUGUCAGAGGGAGUCCACUACGUAACACUCUAUGGGGAUGAAAACACAAACAUCAACAACCUGUUUAGCACAAAGGAGAGAUGUCUGCUGGACUCAAAGUCGCAUGGAGAUUAUGCUGUUCGCAACAACCGUGCGAGUCCUCCACAUCCAGAUGGAAUCAAAUGUCAGGAAACUGCACCACCUCGCUCUGAAGAUCCCAAGGAAGUUCAGGCAAAGUAUCCUGCCGAAGAUCUCCCUCUGAAUUCUUCACACGUGGCAGUUGUACAACAUGUGGAGAACCCUUCAGAAUUCUGGAUUCAUACACAGAUAUAUGCAGAUGCGUUUAAUCAAAUGAUGGAUGAUCUUGCUGAUUUGUACAGCAACCCGGUCAGUGUGGGAGUCGUCGAAUGUCCAAAAGUUGGCCUUUAUUGUGCUGCCAGAUCACAAGACAACACUUUUUACAGGGCGACUGUCUCUGAAGUCACUGGGAACAAGGUCAGGGUCUUCUUUUUUGACUACGGAAACACAGAGAUGAUUGACUGGUUCAAUCUCGGAGUCCUUCCUGACAAGUUUAAAGAGUUGCCAGCACUUGCACUGAAGUGUAGACUGGCCGGUAUUAGACCAAAAGAUGAGAAAUGGAGCCAAAAUGCUACAGACUUCUUCACGAAAUCAAUUGCAGACAAGAUCCUGGAUGUACGCAUAACUGCAAAGUCUCACGGUACUUACAUUGUUCAACUGACGGACUCAUCUGCACAUGGAGAGCGAGAUGUCAGUAAGCUGCUUUGCAGUGCUGGCUUUGCAGAGAAGGGCGACACAAGUAAGACAACUCACAAGGCCUCUUUAGGGCCUAUCAUCGCCCCCACAACACAGAACCCACGUGCCAUUCCUUAUGUGUUCAAGGCAAGCGGUGGCCCUCAAGGAUCGUCCACCAGUGAUUCCACUGUCAAUGAGUCCAGAACUGCCUUCAAGGAAUACCUGUUUCCAAUAGGAAGUUCAGUUGAAGUCACAGUGUCUUACAUUGAGAGUCCAAAUGACUUUUGGUGCCAACUAGCACAAAAUUCUAAUCAUCUAAAAUGUCUCAUGCAAGACAUUCAGCAGCACUAUGCUGACACUGAGUUUGGGCAGCCUGUGGAACCUGCCUGUGUUGCCCGCCACCCAGACAACGGAAUGUGGUACAGAGCCCUGGUCAUUCAGAAGCAUGCAACACUGCACGUUGAUGUGCUGUUCAUAGACUAUGGUCAGACAAAGACAGUCUCCCUGCAAGACUUGCGCCGCAUAGAUCCAAACUUCCUGCAACUAAAAGGUCAAGCUUUUCGUUGCAGCUUGUACAACCUCAUCCACCCUACUUCUCACACCACUGAAUGGACUGAAGAUGCCAUUAGACAGUUCCAGGACUUUGUGGACACCGCAGCGUCCGACCAUGGGGUCUUAAAGUGCACCAUAUAUGCAGUAAUGUACGAUGCCCAGAAAGUGGUAUUCAAUGUGGUGGAUCUGGAAACACCCUUUCAGAGUGUCUGCAGCUUGAUGGUUAAGAAAGGACUGGCAAACCGUGCACCUGCCAAGAAAGCCCCUUCCUCCCCUUUCCGGUUGGACACCUACUACUACUCCACUCACAACAUCAAAACGGGGAGUGAAGAAGAGGUCAGUGUGACAAGUGUGAAAAAUGUAAAUCACUUCUACUGCCAGCUGAAAAGGAAUGCAGAUACAGUUGAAGGACUUGCAGAGAGCAUCAACACGCUGUGUCGCCAGUUGGAGAUCACCAACUGUCCCCAAACAUUUGGAACUGUGUGCUUUGCGAAAUACAGGGAUGGAGAGUGGUACAGAGGGCAGAUCAAGUCUACAAAGCCAACAAUCCUGGUACACUUUGUGGAUUAUGGCGACACAUUGGAAGUAAAUAAAUCAGAUCUGCUUCCCAUUCCCAUUGAGGCCAGUGAGAUCAUGUCUGUGCCUGUACAAGCUGUCCAAUGUGGGCUUUCUGAUAUCCCCGGAGAGGUUACAAGUGAGGUGAACGGCUGGUUUGAGACCAGUAUGACUGACCGGAACUUCAGGGCUCUUGUGGUGGCAAAAGAACCUGGGGGCAAGUUGCUGGUGGAGCUCUAUGACAGGAAAAUGCAAGUGAACGCAAAGAUAAAGGAGAAGUUCAACCUUGAGAUGCACAGACAAGAGCGGGUGGUACACCAGAGCAGGAGACCACGUGAUGCAUCCAGCAGCCACAUCUCAGCUCUUGAGACCAAACCUCGGUCUACACCUAAAGAGGUGCUCCAAAAAACAGACGAGGACACCCAAAAGUGUGAGAAACUCCCUCGAGCACCCUACAGGACACCACAUCAAAAACGGGCACAGCAAAAGGAGAUUGUAGUUCCCAAAGCAAAGGUGAAAGAUCUUCCAAAACUCACAGACCUGCCCUCAAAAUCCAUAAAACCAGGCAUGGUAGCAGAUGUCUUUGUCUCACAUUGCAAUAGUCCACAGAGUUUCUUUGUACAGUUGAUCAAGGAGGAAGACGACAUUUAUUCCAUUGUGGAAAAACUCAAUGAUGAACAGUCAACUGCUGCAACCAUUCACACUAAGGACUUGAGUCAAGGAGACCUGGUCAAUGCAGAGUUUCCAGAUGAUUCGUCAUGGUACCGUGCAGUUGUAAGUGAAAUACUGGGAAACGAAAUGGCUCUUGUUGAGUUCAUAGACUUUGGAAAUACAGCAACAGUUUCAGUCUCCAAGAUAUGUCGACUCGACAAACACUUCCUUGAAAUUCCCAGGUUCAGCAUUCACUGCUUCCUAAGUGGAGUGACAGCUGUCGAAAACCAAGCAGAACUGGAUCCGGAAGUUGUGUCUAACUUCAAAGAGAACGUUGGUGUAAACGGCAACAAACGGUUAGGGUGCAUGUUCAUGAAACACUCUGGAUCUUUUUGGGAGGUUGGCCUAGUGCACGGCAGCAAAGCAAUCACAUGCAACAUACCUCCCAGCGGCCCAACAGCCUCUUCUGAUGUGAUACCUAAGACAUCAGAAAGCACCAACCAAGAGGCAGAAGAGCCCCAACAAAGCCCUUCUGCAAGAAGUGUUCCACCAGAGAUGAGCACUUUGGUCAAUGUCAAGACUGCUCGUUACAGUAAGCCUGACAUUUCAGAGGGACAGACCUUAGAAGUCUAUGCCUCUAUUAUAAAUGGGCCUCAGUCCUUUUGGUGUCAAUCUGCUGAAUCAGACGAACUUGAAAAGAUCACUGAAGUUGUUAAAGAUGCUGCGAAUGCUGUGGCAUCUACGUUAAUUGACACUGAAACCCUGUGCACUGGAAGCCCUUGCAUUGCUCUAUUUGUGGAUGAUGAACAGUGGUACCGUGCAGAAGUCCUCAGGAAAGAUGGAGAUGCCCUAUCCAUUCUCUUUGUGGACUAUGGAAAUGAGUCUACAGUCAAUCUGAAAGAUGUGAGGCCAGUGCCAACUCUGCUCAUUGACACACCCCCACAGGCGUUCCAGUGUCAGCUUGAAGGGUUUGAUUUUUCACAAGGCUCCUGGCAUGACACUGCUGCUGACCAGUUAUCAAAACUCAUAAAAGACAAGCUUCUACACCUGACAGUUCUGAGAGUAUCCAGUCAAGAGCGGGGUGGGAUCACAUGUUUCCUCAAGGUGAAAUGCGAGGAAGAAGUGAUAAAUGACACUAUGAAGCUGUACUGGCAGAGCUCUGUUGACAGAGAAACGUCUGAAGACGAAGACAAGUCCGAUCCUACAGGAGUUGCAAUGUCAGGUGACACGCCUUCAUUGUUAGGUGAAUUGAAGUUGGCUGAGGAAAAGGCAACAGUGCCCAACUCAAGUCCCGAAGAGCCAUAUGAAAACGUCAGCGAGCACGACACAUACGAUGCUUUGGCCCAUAGUGAAACUCAUGAGUUAGUGGAUGAGGACAAAUGCACAGACAUUUCUGAUGAGCAACAGGACAACUCAGUACCCACCCAAGCAACAGAUGAAGAUCACGCCGAGGACGUGGAUCUGAUAAGUUUCCAAGAAGAUGCAGACUGUUUUGAUCACCUUGGCAACACAGAGUCAAUUGACGAUGACGGAGAGGAAGAAAAACAGUCGGACACAAAUGAGAUCCAAGAACCCAGGACCGUCAUACGUGGUCCGAGUGUAAAGAUACCCAACGAUGGGAAAGAGACUAAGUCCAUUCCCACCAUCAUCAUCUGUGAGGAACCCAGUGAUGCAGGACUUGAAUGUGUCUCAGAGAGUGGAGAUUCAUGUGAGGCUCAAGCGGCAACCUCCCAAGUGAACAACGACAAAGACAUCUUGGUUUCAAGGGCUAAAAUGGACACAUUGGAAGUGGACAAAGACGAAAGUGGGAGUGUAUCAGUACUGGAAAAAGCCUUCAGUCUGGAUGACUCAGAAUCACGACUGUACUUAGACGAAAACUUUGACGAGACUUCUCUUUCAAACUUCGACCAAGGUCAAGACGACAUCUAUGAGGAAGUCUUCAAACUGUGUGCUGAGCUUGUCGUCGAGAGUGCAAAGUCGGAACAUCCUGUCCCAGAGGAGUCCAAGACGAAAGAUGAGGAACUGGAGACCUUGGCUGUGGAGUUGGAGACCAAAAAAGAGGAAUCUGGAAUCAGAGAUGAGGUCAACAACUCUGCUGUUGUACCUGAAUCUGGUGAGUUCUACACAUUAAACAACUAUUUGAAAUGUGCAUGUUUUUCCAUCAAAUUGUAGUACUUAUUACAUGUAACAUUUUUGUCAUUUAGCAGACACUCUUAUCCAGAGCGACUUGCAGUAGAGUACAUACAUUUUUCGUACUUUCUGGUCCGUAUUAAAUUGGUACUUGUACACUGCAUGUGUUUGUUUAAUAUUAAAAGGUUGUGCUUUUUGUUUUUGUCUGUUUCAGAGUUUGGUCAACUUCAGAGAGUUGAGCAGACUGUUCCAGUUGGGUCAUCCUGUAUCGUUUGGUCCUCUGCUAAGAAGAGUUGGUGUAAAGCAAAGAUUUUGAAAGUCUUUGAGGACUCCGUAAAGGUAAGCAAGCACCCCCUGUGUUUUAAAACCACCAACUGAUGUGUGAGACGUAUCACUGCUAAAUCUGCAUGUAUUUGUAUCUGAAAUAUAACCCUGAGCUGUUAUCUAAAUAAUUUUUUGAAAUGCUAGGUUCUACUGCUGGAUCACGGCACUGAAAUGAUAGUAGACCCACACAAUAUAUUUGAGCUGUUGUCUUCAGAACCAGAAGAGGUUUGUAACAAGGAAUGUUUCUCCCGCCAUCUUCGUAUGAUUUCCUAUAGAGCUAAUGGCGUUUAUAACUUCAUUGUGAUGUUUGUUAAUCUGAGCAUCAUAUGUUUACAGUUUGAAUUUGACCAGAGCGAUGACUUCGAUACAGCAUCAUCGAAUGCUGGGUCAGAGCAUGGUAAGCAUGUCUCAGAUCUCUUAAAGAUGCAGUGUUUUGAUAUGACUCACAGGAUGACUGUCUUCAUACAGAACACAGUGACUUAAGUGUCUUGCACUAUUUUGGAGUCUUAUCUGAGGUUUGCUAACAUACAGAUCACGAAGACACAGAUGACAGUGACAACACCACUGCAGGAGAUGAUCUGAGCAAGACUGCCUCAGAGGUAGGUGUAAUUGUAAUCUUUUUGUAUCGAUUCUGUGCAUUUUCCCAGUAAAAAAUAAAUAAAAACGAGCCAUUGUAAAAUAAUGUUCUUUUAAAGGGCUUUAUGGUGGAUCUCGACACUGAGAUUGUAGAUACGUGCAGAAAUGUUGUUGUGGUGUCUGCAAAACCAGAGCAUGGUUUGUAACAAGACCCAAAAGAUCCACAGAUGAUGCAAUCUCUAUUGCACUCCACACUGCCCUUUCCCACCUGGACAAGAGGAACACCUACGUGAGAAUGCUAUUCAUUGACUACAGCUCAGCAUUCAACACCAUAGUGCCCUCAAAGCUCAUCACUAAGCUAAGGAUCCUGGGACUAAACACCUCCCUCUGCAACUGGAUCCUGGACUUCCUGACGGGCCGCCCCCAGGUGGUAAGGGUAGGUAACAACACAUCUGCCACACUGAUCCUCAACACGGGGGCCCCUCAGGGGUGCAUGCUCAGUCCCCUCGUGAACUCCCUGUUCACCCAUGACUGCAUGGCCAGGCACGACUCCAACACCAUCAUUAAGUUUGCCGACGACACAACAGUGGUAGGCCUGAUCACCGACAACGAUGAGACAGCCUAUAGGGAGGAGGUCAGAGACCUGGCCGUGUGGUGCCAGGAUAACAACCUCUCCCUCAACGUGACCAAGACAAAGGAGAUGAUUGUGGACUAUAGGAAAAAAAAAGAGGACUGAGCACGCCCCAUUCUCAUCGACGGGGCUGUAGUGGAACAUGUUGAGAGCUUCAAGUUCCUUGGUGUCCACAUCACCAACGAACUAUCAUGGUCCAAACACACCAAGACAGUCGUGAAGAGGGCACGACAAAGCCUAUUCCCCCUCAGGAGACUGAAAAGAUUCGGCAUGGGUCCUCAGAUCCUCAAAAAAGUCUACAGCUGCACCAUCAAGAGCAUCCUGACUGGUUGCAUCACCGCCUGGUAUGGCAACUGCUUGGCUUCCGACCGCAAGGCACUACAGAGGGUAGUGCGUACGGCCCAGUACAUCACUGGGGCCAAGCUUCCUACCAUCCAGGACCUCUAUACCAGGCGGUGUCAGAGGAAGGCCCUCAAAAUUGUCAAAGACUCCAGCCACCCUGGUCAUAGACUGUUCUCUCUGCUACCGCACAGCAAGCGGUACCGGAGUGCCAAGUCUAGGUCCAAAAGACUUCUCAACAGCUUCUACCCCCAAGCCAUAAGACUCCUGAACAGCUAAUCAUGGCUACCCGGACUAUUUGCACUGCCCCCCCACCCCAUCUUUUUACGCUGCUGCUACUCUGUUAAUUAUUUAUGCAUAGUCACUUUAACUCUACCCACAUGUACAUAUUACUUCAACUACCUCAACUAGCCGGUGCCCCGCACAUUGACUCUGCACCGGUACCCCCCCUGUAUAUAUAGACUCCCUACUGUUAUUUUAUUUUACUUCUGCUCUUUUUUUUCUCAACAAUUUUUUGUUUUAUUUUACUUUUUUAUUAAAAAUAAAUGCACUGUUGGUUGCACUGUAAUGUCUGCACCUGUUGUAUUCGGCGCAUGUGGCCAAUAAAAUUUGAUUUGAAUUGAGAUGUUAACACAUUGGUUUUCCCUUUUUUCCCCCUCUCCUAUUACUCACAUUAAAACUCCUGCAUGCUCUAUCGCAGGUCCGGGAUGACUCCACUCUAGCUGUGUGUGCACCAGUGGAGGAAUCUAGUGGUGAGUGGUAUUUCAUAAUUCUGUAGAUAAUAGAUUGUUAAAACCUAAUGCAGUUCAUGACACGCAGCAAGGAGUGUGUUAUGUUGAUUCUCAUUCUUAAUUUAUGACGGUAUACUGAAGACACGUGACAGUGGAACAUCGCUACUCAUCUAGCUUGAUGUGUUGUUGUCUACCUUCUUGCCCUUUGUGCUGUUGUCUGUGCCCAAUAAUGUCUGUACCAUGUCUUGUGCUGCUACCAUGUUGUGCUGCUACUAUGUUGUUUUCAUGUUGGGUUGCUACCUUGCUGUGUUGUCGUGUGUUGCUGCCAUGCUAUAUUGUUGUCUUAGGUCUCUCUUUAUGUAGUGUUGUUGUGUCUCUCUUGUUGUGAUGCGUGUUUGGUCCUAUAUUUAGAUAUUUUACAUCCCAGCCCCCUGGUCCCCACAGGAGGCCUUUUGCCUUUUGGUAGGCCGUCAUUGUAAAUAAGAAUUUGGUCUUAACUGACUUGCCUAGUUAAAUAAAGGUUAAAUAAAAAAUAUAUAUACCUUACGAGAGCCCAUUUGACAGGUUUAGCCAAAUGCAAAAACAAAAAAGGACUGUUUAUGAAAAUGAUCAAUGCCCUUGCAGACGUGCUUACAGAACAGCUAGUUGAUAUUGAACCAGCAACUGAUGCAGAGGUUGUAUCCAGUGCUCCCACACAGGAUAAGGUAAGAGAGGUUGGUUGUAAUAAGUGACAUUCACAUUGUCUUCAUCAAACGGAACUAUGAAUACUCUUAAUAUUUGGUUACAUUUUAGGAUGAUGUCGUGCUUGAGGAAGACGCCUCGUGUCUUGGAGAAGUGACUUCAUGUCUCAUUGAAGGCUGUUUAGGUAUGUGAUCACAUCUGAUUUGAUUGGUGUCAGCCAAAUCCAUACAGGGACAAAUGCACUCUUGUUUGUUGAUUUAUUUAAAUGAUCAACGUAAAUAUCCUUUACAGUUGCAACCACAGAUGAUGGCGCUGAGAUCAAGAAAGCAACCUAUGCAGAUGUUGUAUCAAGUGCUCCCCCGCAGGAAAAGGUAAGCAGUGUUUCAGUAGAGAGGAGGAGUUGCAUAGUUUUUUAUUUGUAUCCCCUUUGAUUGGGACCCUUAUGAUAUUCUGUUCAUUUUUAGGAUGAUCUUCUAGGGGAAGCAAAGUCUAGUCCUGAUGAAGACUAUUUAGGUUUGUGAUGACAUUUCAUGGAUUCAUAGAAUGUCUGCAUGUAGUGAGAAUAUGAAACCUUUUGGUAUAUUUCAGGCUGUAGUAUUUCUGUGUAGUUAUUGAUGUCCGUUGCCAAUGUAAAUGCCUUUUGUAGUGUCCACAGAACAGAGAGCUGAUGCUCAAGAGGCAACCGAUGUGAAGGUUAAAUCCAGUGCUCCCACACAGGACAAGGUAACAGAACUCUACAAAUCAAAUUCUAUUCGUCAUGUACACAGUUUACAGCAGGUAUAAAACGUGCAGUGAAGUGCUUGUGUGCUAGCUCCCUCAACAAUGCAGUACAAUAAUCAUAUUGGAGCAAAAGGACAUUCGUGAAAAACCAAAUAACUUCACAGAUCUUCAUUGUAAAGGGUUUAAACACUGUUUCCCAUGCUUGUUCAAUGAACCAUAAACAAUUAAUGAAUAUGCACCUGUGGAAUGGUCGUUAAGACACUAACAGCUUAUAGACGGUUGGCAAUUAAGGUCACAGUUAUGAAAACUUAGGACACAAAAGAGGCCUUUCUACUGACUCUGAAAAACACCAAAAGAAAGAUGCCCAGGGUCCCUGCUCAUCUGCGUGAACGUGCCUUAGGCAUGCUGCAAGGAGGCAUGAGGACUGCAGAUGUGGCCAGGGCCAUAAAUUGCAAUGUCCGUACUGUGAGACGCCUAAGACAGCGCUACAGGGAGACAGGACGGACAGCUGAUCGUCCUCGCAGUGGCAGACCACGUGUAACAACACCUGCACAGGAUCGGUACAUCCGAACAUCACACCUGCAGGACAGGUACAGGAUGGCAACAACAACUGCCCGAGUUACACCAGGAACGCACAAUCCUCCAUCAGUGCUCAGACUGUCCGCAAUAGGCUGAGAGAGGCUGGACUGAGGGCUUGUAGGCCUGUUGUAAGGUAGGUCCUCACCAGACAUCACCGGCAACAACGUCGCCUAUGGGCACAAACCCACCGUCGCUGGACCAGACAGGACUGGCAAAAGGUGCUCUUCACUGACGAAUCACGUUUUUUGUCUCACCAGGGGUGAUGGUCGGAUUCGCGUUUAUCGUCAAAGAAAUGAUCGUUACACAGAGGCCUGUACUCUGGAGCGGGAUCGAUUUGGAGGUGGAGGGUCCGUCAUGGUCUGGGGCGGUGUGUCACAUCAUCAUCGGACUGAGCUUGUCAUUGCAGGCAAUCUCAACGCUGUGCGUUACAGGGAAGACAUCCUCCUCCCUCAUGUGGUACCCUUCCUGCAGGCUCAUCCUGACAUGACCCUCCAGCAUGACAAUGCCACCAGCCAUACUGCUCGUUCUGUGCGUGAUUUCCUGCAAGACAGAAUGCCAGUGUUCUGCAAUGGCCAGCGAAGAGCCCGGAUCUCAUUCCCAUUGAGCACGUCUGGGACCUGUUAGAUCGGAGGGUGAGGGCUAGGGCCAUUCUCCCCCAGAAAUGUCCGGGAACUUGCAGGUGCCUUGAUGGAAGAGUGGGGUAACAUCUCACAGCAAGAACUGGCAAAUCUGGUGCAGUUCGUGAGGAGGAGAUGCACUGCAGUACUUAAUGCAGCUGGUGGCCACACCAGAUACUGACUGUUACUCUUGAUUUUGACCCCCCUUUGUUCAGGGACACAUUAUUCAAUUUCUGUUAGUCACAUGUCUGUGGAAUUUGUUCAGUUUAUGUCUCAGUUGUUGAAUCUUGUUAUGUUCAUACAAAUAUUUACACAUGUUAAGUUUGCUGAAAAUAAACACAGUUGACAGUGAGAGGACGUUUCUUUUUUUGCUGAGUUUAUAUACAAUAAUAAAGUUAUUUGAGCUGAAGUAGAAGGGAAUCAUUUUUGUUUUCUGCAACAAACAAACUUUGACACUAAUAAUAUUCUAUGCCAUUAUAGGAUGAUCUGCUCUGUCCUGACGAAGACUGUUCAGGUAUAAGAUCAUACCCUGUGGAUCCCAAAAAUGAUAACUGGCUGAUUGGGAGAAUUGGAAACCUUUGGGCAUAUUGCAGGCUUACCUCUUGAAUAUCAGGGGACAUAUUGCAGGCUUACCUCUUGAAUAUCAGGGGACAUAUUGCAGGCUUACCUCUUGAAUAUCAGGGGACAUAUUUGUCACUCUUUCUCUUUACACUCUACACAAGACUUCCAACACUGCCUCUGCCGUCUGAAGACAUUUUCAGGCGACUUCUCAAUUGUGGGAUUUAUGUAUUGUUUAGUGUCUUGUUGAUGUGAAUUGUCCGUGUAAAUGUAUUUUGUGUUGUAGAUUCUGCAGAAGGGUUUGCUGAGAUUGACGAGGCGACCGAUAUGGAGGUUGUAUCCAGUGUUCCUACACAGGACAAGGGAACAGAACUGUUGAGUAAAAUCUUCACAGUGAGUACAUUAACAUGCACACUAAUAAUCAGAAAUUAAACCGAUUAUGGCAGUAGGCAGAAUAUGCAUGUAAACGCCUUACUCUGCUUAUCUUAAUCGCUGUAAGGUCAAAAUCAAAGUUAGCAUAUGUCGAUUUAAAAUACCUGGUUUUCUGAAUUGUUAAUACAUGUAAAGACCUUAAUCGGCGUUCCAGUAGUGUAUUUGAUCUGCGCAUGUGCUAGCAGCAGCCAAGUGAGCCUCCCUCUUUAGCGCGAGUAGAAGUGCGUUGUGUCUCAUACUGAAUGUAUGCGGCUUAGUUUUAACAUACAGUGAGGGGAAAAAAGUAUUUGAUCCCCUGCUGAUUUUGUAAGUUUGCCUACUGACAAAGAAAUUAUCAGUCUAUAAUUUUAAUGGUAGGUUUAUUUGAACAGUGAGAGACAGAAUAACAACAAAAUAAUCCAGAAAAACGCAUGUCAAAAAUUUUAUAAAUUGAUUUGCAUUUUAAUGAGGGAAAUAAGUAUUUGACCCCCUCUCAAUCAGAAAGGUUUCUGGCUCCUAGGUGUCUUUUAUACAGGUAACGACCUGAGAUUAGGAGCACACUCUUAAAGGGAGUGCUCCUAAUCUCAGCGUGUUACCUGUAUAAAAGACACCUGUCCACAGAAGCAAUCAAUCAAUCAGAUUCCAAACUCUCCACCAUGGCCAAGACCAAAGAGCUCUCCAAGGAUUUCAGGGACAAGAUUGUAGACCUACACAAGGCUGAAAUGGGCUACAAAACCAUCGCCAAGCAGCUUGGUGAGAAGGUGACAACAGUUGGUGCGAUUAUUCGCAAAUGGAAGAAACACAAAAGAACUGUCAAUCUCCCUCGGCCUGGGGCUCCAUGCAAGAUCUCACCUCGUGGAGUUGCAAUGAUCAUGAGAACGGUGAGGAGUCAGCCCAGAACUACACGGGAGGAUCUUGUCAAUGAUCUCAAGGCAGCUGGGACCAUAGUCACCAAGAAAACAAUUGGUAACACACUACGCCGUGAAGGACUGAAAUCCUGCAGCACCCGCAAGGUCCCCCUGCUCAAGAAAGCACAUAUACAGGCCCGUCUGAAGUUUGCCAAUGAACAUCUGAAUGAUUCAGAGGAGAACUGGGUGAAAGUGUUGUGGUCAGAUGAGACCAAAAUGGAGCUCUUUGGCAUCAACUCAACUCGCCGUGUUUGGAGGAGGAGGAAUGCUGCCUAUGACCCCAAGAACACCAUCCCCGCCGUCAAACAUGGAGGUGGAAACAUUAUGCUUUGGGGGUGUUUUUCUUCUAAGGGGACAGGACAAUUUCACCGCAUCAAAGGGACGAUGGACGGGGCCAUGUACCGUCAAAUCUUGUUUGAGAACCUCCUUCCCUCAGCCAGGGAAUUGAAAAUAGGUCGUGGAUGGGUAUUCUAGCAUGACAAUGACCCAAAACACACGGCCAAGGCAACAAAGGAGUGGCUCAAGAAGAAGCACAUUAAGGUCCUGGAGUGGCCUAGCCAGUCUCCAGACCUUAAUCCCAUAGAAAAUCUGUGGAGGGAGCUGAAGGUUCGAGUUGCCAAACAUUAGGCUCGAAACCUUUAAUGACUUGGAGAAGAUCUGCAAAGAGAAGUGGGACAAAAUCCCUCCUGAGAUUUGUGCAAACCUGGUGGCCAACUACAAGAAACGUCUGACCUCUGUGAUUGCCAACAAGGGUUUUGCCACCAAGUACUAAGUCAUGUUUUGCAGAGGGGUCAAAUACUUAUUUCCCUCAUUUAAAUUGCAAAUCAAUUAAUAAAAAAAUUUACAUCUGUUUUUCUGGAUUUUUUUGUUGAUAUUCUGUCUCUCACUGUUCAAAUAAACCUACCAUUUAAAAUUAUAGACUGAUCAUGUCUUUGUCAGUGGGCAAACGUACAAAAUCAGCAGGGGAUCAAAUACUUUUUUCCCUCACUGUACAAACUUUAUAUGUCCAAACUCGGAAUCAAAUAUGCUUCCCAAAAAUAACAUGUUCACUGUGGUAGAACCACUUAUUUUGAGUAGUGAUUUUUUUGCAUUUAUCGGAGUGCCAUCAGGUAGCCUGAUUUCAUGUAAACAGGAUUAUUAGGGAAAUCAUUAUUCUUGCAAAGCAUGCAAACGUUAUAAUCAAACUAUUAUAAAAAUCUGACUAUCCACAAUAAUCACAUUAUUGUGUGCAUGUAACUGCACUCAUUGUCUGCAAACUUUGAAUGACACUAAUGAUAUUCUAUUCAAUUUAAGAAUGAUGAUGUGCAGCUUGAGGAAAAUGCAUCUGUUCCUGGCGAAGACUCUGCAGGUAUGUGUUCAUAUCUUCGGGAUCCAUAGUUACUAGUUGGUCAAUAAUACUGUCUGAGAACACAGGCCAAUGAUGAAGGGAUAUGACUUUUUUUGAUUCAUUUCUGACACUCCUCCUUUGGUAUUUUAUUAGGAUCCCCAUUGGCUGUUGCGAAAGCAGCAGCUACUCUUCCUGGGGUCCACACAGAACAUGAAACAUGACAUAAUAAAGAACAUUAAUAGACAAGAACUGCUCAAGGACAGAACUACAUCAAUUUAAAAAUGGCACACAUAGCCUACAUAUCAAUACAUACACACAAUAUCUAGGUCCAAUAUGGGAGAGGCGCUGUGCCGUGAGGUGUUGCUUUAUCAUAUUUUUUAAAACCAGGUUUGCUGUUCAUUUGAGCAAUAUGAGAUGGGAGUUCCUUGCAAUAAUGGCUCUAUAUAAUACUGUACGCUUUUGGGGACUGUGAAAAGACCCCUGGUGGCAUGUCUGGUGGGGUAAGUGUGUGUCAGAGCUGUGUGUAAGUUGACUAUGCAAACAAUUUGGAAUUUUCAACACAUUGUUUCUUAUAAAAAUAAGUGAUGCAGUCAGUCUCUCCUCAACUCUUAGCAAAGAGAGACUGGCAUGCAUAGUAUUAAUAUUAGCCCUCUGAUUACAAUGAAGAGCAAGACGUGCCGCUCUGUUCUGGGCCAGCUGCAGCUUAAGAUCUUUCCUUGCAGCACUCGACCACACGACUGGACAAUAAUCAAGAUAAGACAAAACUAGAGCCUGCAGGACUUGCUUUUUGGAGUGCGGUUUCAUAAAAGCAGAGCAUCUCUUUAUUAGGGACAGACCUCACCCCAUUUUUACAACCAUUGAAUAUAUGUUUUGACCAUGACAGUUUACAAUCUACGGUAACACCAAGAAAUGUAGUCUCCUUAACUUGUUCAACAGCCACAAAAUUCAUUACCAGAUUCAACUGAGGUCUAGAAUUUAGGGAAUUAUUUCUACCAAAUACAAUGCUCUUAGUUUUAGAGAUGUUCAGGACCAGUUUAUUACUGGCCACCAAUUCCAAAACUGACUGCAACUCCUUGUUAAGGGUUUCAGUGAUUUCAUUAGCUGUGGUUGCUGAUGCGUAUAUGGUUGAAUCAUCAGCAUACAUGGACACACAUGCUUUGUUUAAUGCCAGUGGUAGGUCAUUGGUAAAAGUAGGAAAGAGUAGAGAGCUCAGUGAAAUGAUCUACCAUUCAUAACCAGGAAAAAUAGGAUAUUAGUUUAUCUGAUUUUCUCAUCACAUCCUUGCCCCCACCUUUCUCCCAUACAGAAGUUGUGAUGUCACAGGUGACUCAUCUCAGCCUGAGAGUGGAGGAGAACUCUGACGAUGACGUAAUCUUUGUGUCAGAGACUCGGACCACCUAG